CAACAGCCAAUGGAGACAAAAAGAACUCCUUUCUUCCAUUCUCUUAAGUUCUUAGUGGAAGGCUGGGCCCAGCAUCGCAGACUUGUGUGACUGUAAAGGCAGGCAUUCAGAGACUAGCUUCACUUUCAUAUCCUGGCCUUCAAUGAUUCAAGGUAUUGGCCUCUGAGUAGACAGGUCUCUAACUGGCAAAGCUCUGUGCUUUCAGCAAGCCCAACACUAUGGGGAAGGGAGAUGCCUCUGAGGCACAGACUCCAGCCACCCCAGCCCAUCGCUCCGUCACGGAGGAAUAUGGUUACGAGGUGGGCAAGGUUAUUGGCAAUGGCUCCUAUGGGACUGUGUAUGAGGCUUACUACACAAAGCAGAAGGUCAUGGUGGCUAUCAAGAUCAUCUCAAAGAAGAAGGCCUCUGAUGAUUAUCUUAACAAGUUCCUGCCCCGGGAGAUACAGGUAAUGAAAGUCUUGCGGCACAAAUACCUCAUCAACUUCUAUCAGGCCAUUGAAACCACAACCCGAGUAUACAUCAUUUUGGAGCUGGCUCAGGGUGGUGAUGUCCUCGAAUGGAUCCAGCGCUACGGGGCCUGCUCUGAGCCCCUUGCUGGCAAGUGGUUCUCCCAGAUGACCCUGGGCAUCGCCUACCUGCACAGCAAGGGCAUUGUGCACCGCCUGACCCCCAGCCUUUCUGCUGCUGGUAGGGACUUAAAGUUGGAGAACCUGUUGCUGGACAAGCGGGAGAACGUGAAGAUAUCGGACUUUGGCUUCGCCAAGAUGGUGCCUUCUAACCAGCCUGUGCGUAGUAGUUCUUCGUACCGCCAAAUGAAUUGCUUUUUCCACCUCAGCCAGACCUACUGUGGUAGCUUUGCUUAUGCCUGCCCGGAGAUCUUGCUAGGCUUGCCCUACAACCCUUUCCUGUCUGACACCUGGAGCAUGGGUGUCAUCCUCUACACUCUAGUGGUCGCCCGUCUGCCCUUUGAUGACAGCAAUCUCAAGAAGCUGCUGAAAGAGACUCAGAAGGAAGUCACCUUCCCAGAUAACUACACCAUCUCUCAGGAAUGCAAGAACUUGGUCAUCCAGAUGCUGCGCCAAGCUGCCAAGCGGGCCACCAUCCUGGACAUCAUCAAGGACCCCUGGGUGCUCAAGUUCCAGCCUGAGCAGCCCAUCCACGAGAUCAGGCUGCUCCAGGCCAUGUGUCAGCCUGCUGUCACCACUGAUCUUCAUCAGUCCUUGGAAAUCACGACCUGAAAAUGGCUGAGGCAGGAGGCUAAGAGAGGUGCCACAGUAGGAGGAUUUGGGGUAAAAACAGUCUUAUACAAAAAUAAACCCAGUUCUGUUAUGUUUCAU